AUGCGCACUGGUAAAACCCCCAUUGCUUUAAUGGUUUUCAGUAAACUUCCAGAUACCUUCAAAACUGACAGUUCUCAAUUCAAAAAAUUAAAGAAAAAAAAAGGAACUAAUAAUAAUUAUUGCGUUAUUAUUGAUGAAGCUCAUUUCCUCCGUAACCAUCAAUCGCAACAAAGUAAAAGCGCCUACUUAUUAAAGGAUGCUCAAUACAAAAUGGUACUCACUGGAACUCCAGUAGUUAAUCACCAUACUGACAUUUUUGAAGAAUAUUUUUAUGUUCGCAAGUUGGAAUUUAAAAAGGGUAAAAAUAAGUUUCUCAUUCGGCAAGUUAAAGACUUUAAAAAUGAACGAAAAAAGCAAAUAUUACAAAGAGAAGUCAGCCAAUUUUCAGUAAAUAGAAGACAAAAAGAUGUUUUGCCUUGCGAAUACCAACCUCUUGAAGUUUUAGCCAAACUAAAAACUUUGACACUUUAUCCACCUGCUUUAGGAUUUAAACAAAGUUUAGGAGUUAACGAAACUUUUUUAGAGCCUCUAUCCCAAAUAUUAAAAACUCAAAAAAUAUCAACGGGCUUAAUUAUUGGUCAAACUAACUACCAAGAAAAAGAAAAAUAUAUUCAGCAAUUUCAAAACAGCGAGUUAAAAAUUUUGCUUUGUAAUCUACAAACUGCUGGAGUGGGAUUAAAUUUGAGUCGAGCUGAAACUAUUAUUUUUGCUGAUCGUAGUUAUUCUCCAGCAGACAACGAGCAAGCCGAAGCUCGUUUUUUACCAACUAGUAGCGAAGAAACUCCCCGAACAGUUAAUCAAUAUGGAGAUAGAGAAAUCAGCACCAGUGUGAUUACUAAUUUUUUUCGUGAGAAUUUAAGUAAAUACGAACCUGCUACAUUGAGAAGUAAACGCAAUGCUUUGGCUUCUUAUAAUUUAGAAAAGUUAAAAAAGGCUAAUACUAAGACUGAUAAUCAAACUAACGAACGCAAUAAUUUAAUCUUAGACUUUUUAUUCUAUACUGGUUUAAGAGUAAAUGAAUUAAUAAACCUAAGACAUAGUGAUUAUGUUAAUGAACAGUUAAGAAUACAUGGCAAGGGUAAUAAAAUAAGGUUUGUUUUACUUCCUGAUUUUCUAACUAAAAACUUUGAUCCUUAUUCAAAAAAUUAUCUUUUUCUGACUCGCAAUGGUAAGCAACUCACCAAAGGACAAAUUAGGAGAAAUAUAAAGAGAAAAGCACGUCAGGCUGGUAUUCUCAAAAAUAUUAGUCCUCAUUCUUUUAGGAGAAGUUUAGCGACUAAUUUAUACAAUAGUGGAGGUAAAUUAGAAACCAUUCAGAAGCAAUUAGGUCAUGCUAGUUUGGAUACUACUUUGGGAUAUAUUCAUAAUGAUUAUCAAACUUUGUAUGCUGAUUAUAUAGUAGACGGCAUUAGAAAAGAGUUAACUAAUCCAUAUUUUCCUUAUAAAAAUGUUGGUUUAAGUCCUAAUGCUACCCCUUUGGAAAAAAAUAAAUACGAUAUUUGCCAAAAGAUAUUAGCUUAUAAGCAAGAUCAUAAAUUAACUACGGAAAAAGUGGCCAAAAGUAUUCAAUUAACUACUCCGGAAACUGAGGACAUUUUGUUUGCUCGGAUUGAUAAAUUUACUUUGGAUCGUCUAGUUUCUUAUGCCACUAAUUUAGGAAUAUUUUUACAGGUUAAAGAAAUAAAUGAUAAUUCUCGUUCAAUUUCUAAUAAUCUGCGAAGUAUUUCCUUUUCUCACAAAAAUUCUAAUAGUCGUUCAAGAAAACACCUUUAA